AUGGUGGCCAUUCCCUCCGAGGAGUCGUGUGAAUCCUCAGCAGGAGUUCCUCUAUUAGCCGGAGAGCAGCGUGAAGAGGCAGAGCGCGUCCCUUCCCCAACUUCUGAAGACAGCGUGUCAACAAUCGCACCCGAGACUGGUACGGCGACGAACUCAGGACAAAUCGAUGAGUCAACCCAAGUGGAUUCAUUUUGGCAUAGACGACGCCUGGAAAAUUAUCCCGGUAUCUCUCGCAACGAUCCCGAUGUGUGGUCCUUAUUCACCAGAACUACGAUUCGUUCGAUAGCCAACGAACCAGAAGAACAAGAUCUAGACACGCCAUACUGGGGAUUUCAGAUUUUGUCUAAAAGCCCUGGCGUGUGGUUUUUCGAAGCGUUGGCAUUGAUAAUUUCCUUGUCUUCCUUCGCAGGCAUAGUUAUCCUCUUGAUCAAAUACGACGGCGAAUUGCAGCCCGAAUUUACCGACCAGAUAAGCAUCAAUGCCAUCAUUGCUGUUUUUUCCACCAUUCUUAGAGCUACGCUUCUGUUCAUAUUGUCUGAGGUUAUUGGAGAGUUGAAAUGGAAUUGGAUGGAAAGUCCGCGGCGUUUGCGCGACAUAGUGUGCUUUAUAAACGCUGGCACGGGACUAGUUGGAUCCUUGAAGUUUCUCUUUUUCUCAUGGAAGCCGAUACUAACCAUUGUGAGCGCCAUCGUCGUCAUCGCCUCCUCUGCUAUUGGUCCCUUUUCCCAACAGGCUUCCGCGACGUACACUUGCGACCAAAGCGUGGAGCAGACAGCGCAAAUACUAGUUACAUAUAACGCUUCCAGCGCCAUGACUCCUGAAAUGCGCGGCGCUGCAGUCAACGGCUUGAUGUAUGGGAGUGCCGACAACUCUCUUGCCACUUCAAGCCUGUUCAGUUGUCCAGCCAGAAACUGCAAGUUCAAAUCCUCUGACGGCAUCACACACACCUCUGUGGGGAUCUGCAGUACCUGUAUCGAACAAAACGCCGGAUCCAUGAAGACCGACGGAGCCGACAACGCGAUCAAUCAACUAAGGCUAUCCUGGAAUAACGGUACAGAUAGCCCAUUCGUAUUGGACAUGAAAGCUGAAUUCAAGCCAAUGCCAGGGUGGGACAGUCUUGGCGCGCAGUCGAAGCCGUCAUUUGCUUUCGGUUCAUUGCUAGGUGAGGAAAUGACAAUACUCAUACGUGUUCUCAACAAGGGUAGUUCAAUGCCAUCAUAUCCAAGUCGUAACGAAUCAAGGCCGGAUGUCUUGGCUGUCGACUGUACCAUUUACCCGUGUUCUCGAACUUACUAUGGCGAAAUCGUCAAUGGCACCUUUAAGGAGAACGUAAUUUCCGAAAGUCGGCUGCCCUACGUAUUCAAUUACGGCCCAAAUGUCGAAAAGACCACGAGUGCGGAUUUCGGCGGCUUCAUCAAAUUUACGGAGCCUUGUUGCUUUUACGGCCACUGCUACUAUACUUCAAACAUAUCCCAGGCAUUGAAGUCUUCGUAUGCUCAAGACCAAAAUUGGACAUCUUGGGAAUUUAACGACGAGGUUAUUCGAUUUCCAACCAAAUGUACGAGCAUACUUGGCGCGGACACCUACGGUAGUGUACAGGACUUUGUCAACAAGACUAUUUUGGGGUCUUGCACCGUUUUCGGCCAUGGCCAAUAUAAGAAUUCAGGAACGGCACAAUGCGGUGAAAAGUGGUGGAUAAAUUCGGUAUUCAGGAAAGGAAAUGCUUCAUUCCAAAGCGUUGAUGAGGCUUUCCAUGGUAUGGCCACUUCGAUAACGAAUCUUAUGCGCAGCAAUGGCUCGGACUGGGAUGGCCUACCACACGCUAGGGUCACGGGAUCAAGUAGUAUUCCCGCAAUUUGCGUUCAAGUCUACUGGGCAUGGCUCCUUUAUCCAGGAUCCCUGCUCGUACUCACAACUGGCCUUUUCGUGUACACAUUUGUCGAGAGCAAGGUAAGCGAUCCUCGGCGUCCUGUAUGGAAAUCGAAUAUUCUACCUCUGAUCUUUUACGGCAUCAAAACGAAAACAAGUUCCUCAGAUGGCCACCAUACCGAAAAUCAUACGAAAGUCCCUCUAAUGAAGCUCGCUGAGCUAGAGGUAGUGGCGGAUAAUACCAUAGUACAGUUCCACAGCCACAUCGAUAGCCCGGGAUUUGUAGCCGAAGAGGGCGAACAUAGUUUAGGCAGUGUGCUUGCUGAGCUUAAAGAAGGUGGCAUGUGGGCACUAGCAAACAAGGAGAAAGUCCGGCCACAAGCCGAGGCAUCCAAGACUACGUCUUGGUUGCGUAAGCGACGACCAACAGGUGGCGGUGGCGUUGUUUAA